GAUAUAUGUCCCUCUCGCAGCACCACGUCGAUCUCACCAUGUUACUUUGUACCGCGUCAUUGCAUAGCAACGCGAGUGUUCGACCGUCAAUAUGCUAAUUGACCUAAUACGAGGCCCGUUGAGCAGGCUGACGCUCCACGCGGUCGUUCACAGAAUAUCAACCCUUCUCAUUCUCCUUGUUACCUUCCUGGUCAUCGCACGCGUCGCUCGACAUGUCCUCGUAGCUCGCCGACGUCCCAGACACCUGCGGCGCUAUGGACUUUCCAGAAGCAACCUGGAGGACCAGUAUGAUCCCAAAUACGACAAAGCUGAACAUGACUCCGCCAGCGAAUCAAUAGUUAUCAAAGCUCUCUACGUCCACCCGAUAAAAUCCUGUGCGCCAAUCGAGGUCAAACGGGCGUUACUCACGAAAAUCGGCUUUGCAUACGACAGAUGUUUUGCGAUCGCCGUUGAGAAUGACGAGAAGCACUGGCAGUUUAUCAGCCAGCGAACCAAGCCGCGGAUGGCACUAAUCAAGCAAGAACUAUGGCUGCCACACAAGACCAGCGACCCAGGAGAUCCCCUUGUCCAAGCCGGCGGCUGCCUGGUCGUUAGUUUCCCCGACCCUGAUGCUCCAGUCUGGACAAAACGCCUUCAAGCCGUUUUCGAGUCAUGGUCCUUGUCGGCAAUGCCUGAGGUACGCUUCACGGUACCUUUGCUCCCAACGGCAGCGCAGAUCGACGAAUUGGGGAUCAAACUCAGAGAUUUCCAAAUCCACAGCCGUACAGCCUCAGGCCUUGACCUUGAGUGCAUCCCUGACGUCGCAGCAGCUUUGCCGAAAUUGAAGAGGUUUCUCAAAGUUCCCGAGCGACAAACUCUCACACUUCUGAGGUGUACGCCGGACACGCUAGUGCCGACGAACAAAAACCUCGCACCCCUCAAAUACAUCGGGACACCUGCUAUGCAUGGCUACACGGACCAACAGCCGGUCCAUAUCAUAAAUCUGCCUUCCGUGCACGCGACGUCUCCACUUCUUCCCAAGGAAAAUCAACCAUUAAGCGCUCUCCGGUUUCGUGCAAACAUGUAUAUCUUCGGUGCUCCGGCGUACGAUGAGGAGACUUGGAAGCGUUUCCGAAUUCUUCCCAAAGCCGCAACGACCGAGCGGCGGGCACGUGUAGCACCUGCCCUUUCAGUCGUCUGCCGGACGUCGCGCUGCACCAUGCCGAAUGUGAAUCCGGAUACCGGUCAUUUCGAGGAAGAGAAUGCACCUCCGGAGAAGAAGAAGGGGAAGCCUCAACCAAGCACGACGUUGGUGGAAUAUCGGACCGUGGAAAACGGGAACCCAGCCGCGCUUGGAUAUCUGGGCAUGCACUGCGUCCCUGAAGAUUCCGGGUUCAAGCAAGCCAUGGACCAGGGUGCCGAUUUAUAUGUCGAGGUUGGGGACGAGAUCGAGGUCCUCGAGACUGGCCAUCAUCUGUACGGGUCCACAGGUAACGAUUACUGA